CUCAAAAUACGCAAACAAUUUGCUCAUCAAGCUUUUGGUAAUUUUCCACCAGAAGAUUUUCAUUCGCCCUCUCCUCAACGACCACAAAGUCCACCGGUUUCUACACAACAACACAAUAUGGGUGGCCCACCAGCGCCUACCUCUUCGAAUAACCCACCCGAAGGACAAACCUAUUGUUUAAGAUGGAAUAAUCACAAAUCGAAUUUGGUGGAGAUACUAGAUGCUCUCAUUAAGGUGGAAAGUUAUGUGGACUGUACUAUUGUUGUGGAUGAUCAAGUACAGUUCAAGGCACAUCGUGUUGUUUUGGCAGCCAAUUCUCCCUAUUUCCAAUCGAUUUUACAAGAUUUACCCAUGGAUCAUUGUAGCAUUAUAUUUCCGGGUGUUAAGGCUUUUGAAAUGCGCGCUUUAUUGGAAUAUAUGUAUACGGGAGAGGUUAAUGUUACCCAAAGUCAAAUACCCAAAAUAAUGCGUAUAGCUGAGGAAUUGGAAGUAAAGGGUCUUUUUGAUAUGGCUGAUUUGAAGGAGAAAUUCAAUAAACUAAGUGAGGAACAUGCUGAAAGAUCGGCUAGUAAUCCUUAUGCCAGUACAUCGGCUCCCUCAAAUCCCUAUUCUUCGGUAACCACCACUUCUUCACCGCCAGCGGCUGUAGCACAUAACAAAUCUAGCUCUAAGGAUUCAGACAACUAUCGCCAUAACUCCUCCUCCGUGAUCUCUACCUCGACAAAUAUUUCUCCCUCGGCUGCUCCGUCCAGCAGUUCCUCACCGCCCUAUAGUAGUUACAAAUCUCCCUAUACCAGUUUAUAUAACAAAUCACCUGCGCCCGCUGCUAAUCAAACCACCUCAACUGCCCAGCCUCAAUCUACACAACAGACACCCAGUAAUUUAACACCCACCUCAGAACGUUCUGCUCAAUGGCCUUUGUCUCCUUCUGCCGCUGCCGCUGCUGCCAUGUUGAGUUCGGUUUAUGAAUCGGCACCCGAUAUGAAUCCCUUAAAACGUAAAAAGUUAUCCUCUAUGUCUAGCAUGCUAAUGAAUCGUGAUACUCCCAUUUUACGCAAUGUUUUGGCUCAAGCUAACCCAGCCGAUUCCUCUCAACAAUUGCCUUUAUUGUUACCUAAUGCGGGCACUAAAGCUGACAAAUCCUCGGGCUCAGCGGAUAAGAAUUUAAGUGGUCAUAAUAAUAAUCAUAGUUUUAAUGGUUCGGAUUACAGUGAUAAGAAAUACCAUGAUGAGCCUCAUUCCCCCUUUACCGAUCGUUCCUUUGAGGAUGAUGGUUUCGAUCCCAAGGGCAGUAAUUUCGGUGGCAAUUUUACUAACAAUGGCAAUCAGAAACCCGAAUGGAAACGUUAUAAACAAUAUACCCGCAGUGAUAUUAUGUCCGCCAUACAGUGUGUACGUGAAGGCAUGAGCGCUUUACAGGCUUCACGCAAAUUUGGUGUACCCUCACGCACUUUGUAUGAUAAGGUCAAGAAGUUGGGCAUUACCACUGGCCGGCCCAUGAAUCGUACCAUGAAACGUAGUCCCAGCAGUGUAGAGUCUUCAGCAGCCUUCCCUUAUGCUCAUGGUUAUGGUCAAGCUUCAGCGGCUGCCGCUGCCAUGCAUGAUGCUGCCAUUAGAGAGGAACGUGAACUGAAAGAACAUCAUCGUAAUAGUGAACAUCAUCAUUUAGCACCCACUAUACCACAUCCGGCGGCGGCUCUCUUAGAUCAUGCUUUCCUCCAACAGGCUUUGGAAAAUCGUGGAGGUGGUGAUAUUGCUGGAAGAGAAGCUUUACAUGCCAUGGCUUUGGCUGCUGCUGCUCAUGCUGCUGCCAAUCGUAUGUCCACUAGCCCUGGACCCAAUGGCAAUGCUGUACGUUCUCCCAGUCCCUCUAAUUUCGCUUUGAAAUACAAUAGCAUGCGUAAUGCCGAACAGGAACUAAUGGAACGUCAUGAAUUGGAACGUGAGAGAGAAAGAGAACGUGAAUUUGUGGAAAGAGAAAGGGAACGAGAACGUGAUCAAGAUUUAGAACGUGAACGUAAUGAAGAAGAAGAAGAUGAUCAUGUGGAAGAUUUGUCGGUAGCACGCAAAGAGAAUAGUAGUUCCCCGGUAGAACAAAGAGAAAGACCUGAAACCCCUUAUUCGCCGGGAAUAACAAAUUCUGGAGAUAAUGAUAAAUCGGUUAUAAUCAGCACAAAAUUACCUUCUACAGUUAGCUCGGAGGAAGCUUUUAUCACUGAAUCUAAUCUCAAACGUGAGGUGGUAAUAGAUGAUGUUAGAGCCGACUGAUUGAUGCUUACUAUGGCUUGGCAAUAUGCGGCCGAUACUUGUUAUGAUGCUUUAUUUUCCUCACGCUGAGAGAGACACAGAGAGAGAGAGAAUACUCUGCUUAGUUGUGGUUUAUAACUGUUUGUAGGUAUUUUUUUUUAAGUAUUUUGGG